CAUUAUUUUGUGUAGUGUGUAUUAAAGAACCAACGGCCUCGUAACGAAAAAAGUGACGCAUAACUAAAAAGAAUUUGCAAUAAAUCUAUUUUCUUAAGAAUUUGUGUAAAAAUAGAAAAAAUAAAUUAAAAAGAAAUAGAAAAUGAAUAAUUUUACUUUGGAACGUAAUACGUAUCGUCGAAAAUUGAUAAUGCUAGUGAAGCAGCAUCCCAUAUUGUGGAAUAAAACUCAAGAAAAUUAUAAUCGCAAUCGACCACAGAAAAUAAUGGCCUGGCAUCAAAUUUCCGAACAGCUGGACAUAUCGGUUGAUAGACUACGUCGCACUUGGGAAAAUCUUCGCGAUCAAUAUCGACGUGAUUUAAAGCGUGAAGUACGCUAUGGUUUUAAAUCGAAAUGGCGUUUUUUCUCCGAUAUGGAUUUCAUUCGCGAUAUGGUGUCCUGUAAAGAACAUGAAUUUAAGGAAAAUGAAUUUACCGAUUCCGAUUCAGAGCUAGAUGUUACCGAUAAUCAGAAUCAUGGUGUUCAAACACAAUGUAGUCCCAUUAGCACUACACUAGUAGCUCCUACUACCACUCAAACCAUAACCACACCAACUAAUUCAACUAUUUCAAAUAAUACCAGUAGCCCUACAAAUGUUUUACCAUUUCAACCUAUAAUGCUAAGCAAACAAUGGCAGGUUUCAGUGCCACAACCAGAAGAGAUGCCACAAAUAUAUAAUCCUACACCAGUGGCCAUCUAUACAACACAUAACGCUCCACCAGCACCAGCCACCUUGGAACCCAUAAAUUAUCAGACAAAUUGUGACUCCUCCAAAGACUGCCAACAGCCUAAUAAUGAAUCCAGCUUAAACUAUGAAACUGUAGCCAAACAAGAACCAGAUUUAGAUCUCGAAUUAGACAAUAAUCCCCCAGCCAUAGAAAUCCAAGACACUACACCUGAAAAGUCCAAUGAAAGCUCAAAUGCUAGAGAGUUUCAAGAACCCAGUGUUUCCACAUCUUGCCACAAAAGAUCUCGUUUGUCCGUAGAAGAAAUUUCGGAUACACCACUGGCUAGCACUUCACGUUCUCAAAUAAAAACGGAAACCGAUCUUAAUGCUAAAGACGAUGAUUACUAUUUUGUCAUGAGUCUCUUGCCAUCGUUAAGACAGAUUCCCCGUAAUCGUAAAUUUCCCUUAAGGAUUGGUAUUAUGAGUUUAAUAGCCAAGGAUUUGGAAGAAGUAUGCAAGGAGUAAGCGGGGGAAAGUCUUGAUAUUUUGUGAUAAAAAUACUUUAGUUGUAAACGAAUGUUGUAACGAAUAUUUUAUUUAAUAAAAUUAAUUCAA